CCGGGGCGGCAGGUUGGGCUGCGCGGCGGGACUGAGGCGGCCGCGGCCGAGCUCAGGGAAGGAGGCUUGGUGCUGGGUUCUGGAGCUGGGGACGGCAGAGAACUGUAGCACAGGAUUUAAAAAACACAAUACAAAAAGCCUCUUCCUGGAGAAACACGUAAAGCUUCCUGGACGUCGGGGCCCACACUGAUGGCAGAACAAUGUCAGCCACUAACAACGUAGCGCAGGCCCGGAAGCUGGUGGAACAACUCCGCAUUGAGGCCGGCAUGGAGCGCAUCAAGGUAUCCAAGGCCUCCUCCGAGCUGAUGAGCUACUGCGAGCAGCAUGCCAGGAGCGACCCCUUGCUGGUGGGCGUCCCCGCGUCCGAGAACCCCUUCAAGGACAAGAAGCCCUGCACCAUCCUCUAGCUUCCUUUGUGCACUCGCCUCUCUCUCCUCCUCCUUCUCUCCCUUUUUUUGUUUUAGGUCCAAGACUGGGGCUUGAACUCAGUACCUGACACUUUUGCUCACUGGCUGGCGCUCAACCAUCUGAGCCACGCCUCCAGCCCCCCAUCUUUCAAUUCUUAAUUCUAGAAAAACCAUCUAAGUCCGCAAAACACUGAGUUCCACAAGUC